CCGGUGCAAUGGCUUCGUCCAUUGGGCUAGUCUGUUCGUUCCCAGGUGCUUCUUCGCUUCUUCUUUUACGAUUCAUUUUUCUAGGGUUUUCGGGGCCGGAGCAUCUCGGAUGGGGGAAGUGGAGAACAUCAAGCAGAGAUCGAGCAAGGAGAGUGCGAAGGAGGUUUCAGAAAGGGGAGAUAGGGAUAGAGAGCGGCGACGGGAAAAGGAGAAAACAAGGGAUCGUGAUUCUGCGAGAAGCGACCGGGAUCGGGAGAGUCAGCGUUUGGAGAAGGAAAAGAUUGAAGAUGAGAAGUACCGGGAAAGAAGAGACAGGGAUUCACGCCAUCAGGAUCGGGAACGGAAGUCCAGAGAUCGUGAGAAGGAGAAGGAGAGAGAUCGCGAGAAGGAGAAGGAGAGAGAUCGAGAAGAUAGGGAUAGGGAUAGAGACAGAGAGAGGGAAAAGGAGAGAGCAAGCGAGCGGGAUGAAAGGGAGGAAAGGGAGAAGGAUAGACGACGGGAGUUAGAAAGAGAUGAGGAGGAAGGAAGGGAUCAUGACAGGAAGAGGCGGAGGAGAGAAGAAUCUCAUGAAAGGGAAAGAGAGCGAAGCAACAGGCAUAGAGAAGGAAGCGUAGAUCUUCACAGGAAAGGGGAUGAUAAUGAAGCUGAGGCCAAGGAGAGAAAGACUCGAGAGCAAGAUCUAGAAGAAGAGCAGCGCAAAUUGGAUGAGGAGAUGGAUAAGAGGCGGCGUAGAGUUCAGGAGUGGCAAGAGCUUAAAAGAAAGAAAGAAGAGCAGGAAAGAGAAAAGGAUGGGAAGGUAAAUGGUGAGGAUCUUAACCAGACUGGUAAAAAUUGGACUCUUGAUGGGGAGUCCGAUGAUGAGGAAGCAGAUGCAGUGAAGUAUGAGAAUGAUGCUGAUGGUGAUGCAAUGGCUAUAGACGUGGGUUCCAGGCAGAAUGAUGCCAAUGGUGAUGCAAUGGACAUAGAGAAGGAAACUAGAGGUACUGUGCCAAAUGGUAUUGAUGGCGUUGAUGUGGAGGAUGAAAUUGACCCACUUGAUGCUUUCAUGAAUUCCAUGGUGCUGCCUGAAGUGGAGAAACUGCAGAGUGAGGAGAGUGCACAGGUGAGUUCUGUUGAUGCAAACCUGGGCUCACAAGAGAGGAAUAAGGGAGUCCUUAGUAAUGGGGUCCAAGCAAAAAAAGGUGGAAAAAAUCCAUUGGGGAGGAUAAUUCCUGAUGAAGACUCUGCCCCUGAGGAUGAGGAUCUUGGAAAUGAGGACAUUGCUUCUGAAGAUGAAGAUGAUGAGGAUUUUAUGAAAAGGGUGAAGAAGACAAAAGCUGAGAAGCUAUCCAUCGUUGAUCAUUCUAAGAUUCAGUACUCGCCUUUCAGGAAAAAUUUUUAUAUUGAAGUGAAGGAAAUUGCAAAGAUGACGCCUGAUGAUGUUGCUGCGUAUAGAAAACAACUUGAAUUAAAAGUACAUGGAAAAGAUAUCCCUAAGCCUAUUAAAACAUGGAACCAGAGUGGCUUAACUAGCAAAAUUUUAGAUACAAUUAAAAAGCUAAACUUUGAAAGGCCUAUGCCUAUUCAAGCUCAAGCUCUGCCCAUUAUUAUGAGUGGCAGAGACUGCAUUGGAGUAGCAAAGACUGGUUCAGGUAAGACACUAGCUUUUGUAUUACCUAUGUUGAGACAUAUUAAAGAUCAACCUCCGGUUGUACCUGGUGAUGGUCCUAUUGCACUUAUAAUGGCUCCUACAAGGGAACUUGUCCAACAAAUACACACUGACAUUAAAAGGUUCUCUAAGGUCUUGGGCUUCAACUGUGUCCCUGUAUAUGGUGGAUCAGGUGUUGCUCAGCAGAUAAGUGAGUUAAAACGUGGUGCAGAAAUAGUUGUAUGCACUCCUGGUAGAAUGAUAGAUAUACUCUGCACAAGUGCUGGGAAGAUAACCAACCUUCGAAAGGUUACAUACUUUGUUAUGGAUGAGGCUGAUAGAAUGUUUGAUAUGGGAUUUGAACCUCAGAUCACAAGGAUAGUUCAAAAUACUCGACCGGACCGUCAAACAGUACUCUUUUCAGCUACAUUUCCCCGCCAGGUUGAGAUAUUAGCCCGAAAGGUCCUGAAUAAGCCGGUUGAAAUCCAGGUGGGAGGAAGAAGUGUUGUCAAUAAAGACAUCACCCAAUUAGUUGAGGUCAGACAAGAAACAGACAGGUUUUUAAGGCUUCUAGAACUGUUAGGAGAAUGGUAUGAAAAGGGAAAGAUCCUUGUGUUUGUUCACUCUCAAGAAAAAUGUGAUUCCUUAUUCAAGGACUUACUUAAGCACGGUUAUCCUUGUCUUUCUCUUCAUGGGGCCAAGGACCAGACAGACCGGGAGUCCACCAUUUCAGAUUUUAAGAGCAAUGUUUGCAACCUUCUGAUUGCUACUAGUGUUGCUGCCAGAGGUCUAGAUGUGAAGGAGCUUGAGCUAGUUGUGAAUUUUGAUGUUCCAAAUCACUACGAAGAUUAUGUACAUCGAGUUGGUAGAACAGGCCGAGCUGGCCGUAAAGGUAUGGCCAUCACAUUCAUUUCUGAGGAUGAUGCCAAGUAUGCACCAGAUCUUGUAAAAGCGCUGGAACUUUCUGAACAAGCGGUUCCUGAGGAUCUGAAGGCACUUGCUGAUAAUUUCAUGGCAAAGGUUAAAGAGGGCAUGGAACAAGCACAUGGUACUGGCUAUGGUGGAAGUGGUUUCAAGUUCAAUGAAGAAGAAGAUGAAGCAAGUAAAGCUGCGAAAAAGGCUCAGGCAAGAGAAUAUGGAUUUGAAGAAGAUAAAUCUGACUCAGACUCUGAGGAUGAUGGUAUUAGAAAAGCUGGAGGUGAUUUAUCUCAAGCUGCCAUUCUUGCUCAAGCUGCUGCUCUUGCCCAGGCUGCAAAGGCUGGUAUUUCUUCAAUGCCUUCCACAGUUGUGCCAGCGCAAUUGCUUUCUACUUCAGGUGUACAUGUUCCAAUCGCGCCUGCUUUAGCUGGCUUCCCAGUUGUUGGAACACUGCCUGUUGCAUCUCUACCUGGUGAUGCUGCUGCCCGGGCAGCUGCCCUUGCAGCUGCCAUGAACUUGCAGCACAAUUUAGCAAAGAUACAAGCUGAUGCAAUGCCAGAGCACUAUGAGGCAGAGCUGGAGAUCAAUGAAUUCCCACAGAAUGCCCGGUGGAAAGUUACCCAUAAGGAGACCUUGGGUCCAAUAUCAGACUGGACAGGAGCUGCAAUUACCACAAGGGGCCAGUAUUACCCACCUGGGAAAUUUCCCGGUCCCAUGGAACGCAAACUAUAUCUAUUCAUAGAAGGUCCCACUGAGUCUUCUGUUAAGAAAGCAAAAGCGGAGUUGAAAAGAGUGCUUGAGGAUUACACUGCUCAAUCUCUUUCUCUUCCUGGUUCUGCACAGCCUGGCAAAUAUUCCGUCCUUUAGAUGAGAGGUGAAGCAGUGAUUAAGUGAAGGCAGCGUCUACCGUUUGGUUCUUAAAUUCCUAGCUGUGUGAAAAUCUCUGUUGAGCUAUGCAUCCACAAACAAGUCUAUUUAUGAAGCUAGCUUCUCGGAGUGAGCUGCAUGGGCAUUUUGAACUGGGGAAGGUCUCACCCUUUUGCAAAACUGCAACUGGGAAAGAUACCCAUCACUGUACUUCUAUUGCAGAUGCGAUUUCAAUCAUGGUAAGCGUUCUCAGAGAAUUUGUUGCCCAAGUCACAAAUCUUUCCUUUAUUACAAUUAGCCAUUUUGAGAUUGAUCAGCUUAGUUCAUCAGAUUAAAAGUGGCAAGUUUAGCAUAUGAAAUGAAGCUGGAGGAGAAGUAAAAAUUGUAAUGAAGAUAUGGUCUUGGUAAGGUUCCCAGGUGUGGAGGUUUUGCUUUGCUGGGCAGCAUCUCUAUUAUAACUUCAUCAUGAAAAAGUCUCAUGUUGGCUAUCAUUUUUUAUUUUGCCUGUGAGAUUUGGCAAAUCCUUGAAUUCUUCGUGUUUUGAGGCCAACUUCUUUUAAAUUGUUGGUAUAAUAAUGAGAUGGUUUAACCUUGUUGCAAUUAACUGAUUUCAAUCUGACUUUUGUUCUUCUGAGCUCCGGGUUUAACUUAAUCACUCUCUGUGUUGCAGUUUUAUUUUGUGCAGGUGCAGAUUUUGCGGCCAAAGCUUAUCCUUGAACAGGUCAAACAUGUGUCUGAAAUUUCUUUAGUCCCUUUUUUUCCUUUUUUUUUGCAGGUGCUGAUUUCAAAUGCUGCUUUGCUUCUUUUCUUUUGAUAUAUUCUAUUUGGUUUCUUCACUUGUAUUUCUGUUU